AUGUCGUCUCGCUGCACGGGCUUCCUAUCUCAGCCCAGCUUUUGGCAAGAGGAAGGCGAUGCGCCCAUCCUCAAGUUCGAUUUUGGCUGGCUGGCGAGCCACACGGAUGAGGCCAUUGCCAGAGCAAAUGCCUGGUUGCCGCACGUGGGCGUUGAACCAAGUCGGGUGGACGCUGACACCAAGCCGCUCUCAUCGGAGGGUGCCCGGAUCUUUCGCGCGGACGCCAACCGGACCUUCCGGAGCGAGCCCAACAGGCUUGUUUGUAUCAAGCUGCUCUCGUUCUCACAGCAGAAGUUCGGCGACUACCAGCAGUCACUGGGGUAUGUGGCAGGUCUUCUUCUGCUCUUCUUUGACCCAGCGACUUGCUUCAAGGUCUUGACCGUGUUGAACGACAGCCCGAAGUACCUCCCUGGCUAUUGGCGGGGUGAGGCCACGGCCUGUGCGGUGGAUGGCUAUGUGUGCGAGGGCUUGCUGAAGCCACAUCUGCGGGCGCGGCUCAAGGAGCUUGGACUUCUCCCUGAGACCUUUGUGCAGAAGUGGUUUGCUGGGAUCUGCAUACACCACCUUCCAUACAGCAUCCUGUUUGACUUCUUAGACAGGUUCUUUCAGCAUGGGAAUAGCUACUUGUUUCAAUUCUUCUUGUCCUUCUUCGACACCUUCGAGGAUGAGAUCAUGAGGGCUGCGAACAAUCCUGAGGCCAACAUGCUGAUCCGCUUUGAGUCCGCUCCAGAGGACCGGCUGCGACAGGUGGUCGAGGAGGCGAGCGCGCAGAGAUAUGUGGCCACCAUUCAGUCGCUGGACGUGCACAAGUGUCGCAUCUCCGCCUUUCAGGACGGCGGUUUCGGUGCUUCAGAAGACCGUGAUGUGUCACAGCUGGAGGUUUCAGCCAAGAUGAACCUCUUCACUCUCUCUGGGCGAUCUGUCAGCAGAUACUGCAGGAUCCGAUUUGCCAAAUGCCCAGCAGGAUCGGGAAUCGCAAGAAGAUGCAGCAGCGAGGCAAAAGGCUCCAAAGGUGGUCCUACUUCAGGUCCUCGAGCCAAUCCGAAGGACACGAAAGGCGUCUCCGCGUCCAAAGCCACGGACUUCGCCACGUGGUACACGCAGGUGAUCACGCGUGGUGAGAUGAUCGAGUACCACGACAUCAGUGGGUGCUACGUCUUGCGGCCCUGGUCCUUCUUCAUUUGGGAAGAAAUCUCUCGCAUGCUAGAUGCUGGGAUCAAAGAUCUGGGGGUGCAAAAUGCCUAUUUCCCUUGCUUUGUGAGUCAGGAGAUGUUGGAAGUGGAGAAAAGCCACCUCGAAGGCUUCGCUCCUGAGGUGGCCUGGGUGACGCGCUCGGGCGAGUCGCAGCUGGCGAAGCCCAUUGCUUUGCGGCCCACCAGCGAGACCAUCAUGUAUCCCUUCUUCGCCAAGUGGAUCCGAUCGCAUCGAGAUUUGCCACUGAAAUUGAAUCAAUGGGCGAAUGUCGUGCGAUGGGAAUUUCGCCAACCAACGCCUUUCCUGCGCACACGAGAGUUCUUGUGGCAGGAAGGCCACACGGCCCAUGCCACAGCAGAGGAGGCGCAGGAGAUGGUGGAUGCUGCGUUGGAGCUCUAUGAGCGAACGUAUACUGAGCUGCUGGCAGUGCCGGUCCUUAAGGGAAUGAAGUCUGAAGAGGAGAAGUUUGCUGGAAGUCUCCAUAGCCAGACCUUGGAAGUCUUCAUUCCAGCCACCGGCCGCGGAAUCCAGGCAGCCACGUCCCACCAUUUGGGGCAGAAGUUUGCCGAGAUGUUCGGGAUCCACUUUGAGGACGACUCGGGUCGGAGGCAACUGGUGCAUCAGAGCUCCUGGGGCAUGACGACUCGGUCCCUGGGAAUCAUGAUCAUGGUGCAUGGCGACGACAAAGGCCUGGUGCUACCUCCCAGAGUGGCGCCGGUGCAGGUCGUUCUAAUUCCCAUUGCCAGCAAGGGAGAUGCAGCAGGUGAGUUUAAAUGCUGGCAGCUCAUGGAGGAGUUGAAGCUGCAUGGCAUCCGCGCAGAGGUGGAUGCUCGAGGCAACUAUACGCCUGGUUGGAAGUUCAACUGGUGGGAGCUGAAAGGUGUGCCACUGAGAGUGGAGGUCGGGCCACGGGACCUGGAUCGUGGGACGUGCCGAGUGGUCCGGCGCCUGGAUGGCUCCAAGAAGGAUGUGGAGCAGUCACAGCUGGCGGCCAUUGUCAGAGAUGACUUGAAGGACAUCCACGCGGCCAUGCUCCGAAAGGCCACUGAGGAGCGCGAUGCUGGCAUUGCCAAGGUCAUGGACUGGAGUGAGGUCGUGCCGAUGCUGAAGCAAAAGAAACUCAUCUUAGCUCCCUGGUGUGAGACUGCUGCGUCGGAGCUGCUCAUCCGGCGGCGAACGAAAGAGGCAGAGGAUGGAAAGGAAGCUGCGCUGACUGGUGCGAUGAAGAGCCUCUGCUUGCCGUUUGACCAGCCACCACUGCCGAGCGGUACGAAGUGCUUCUUUACAGGAGAGCCCGCAAGAAGGUGGUGCUUGUUCGGCCGCAGCUACUGA